ACAGAAGAUGCUCAGCUCGAGUUGAAGUCCUCCUCACCCCCACCCCCUGUGUUCUCCCUCCUCCCUAUUCGCUCCUCUCGUCCACACGCACAAAACGCUCUGUCAUGGCGUCUUCCAACAAUGUUACCCCCACUAACUGUAGUUGGUGGCCCAUCUCGGCCAUGGAUGGAGACGGCAAGAUCACAGACGGGGAGGAGAGCGAAGAACCGACGGCAGAGCCCAAACCCUUCAACAAAGACCGGCUCGUUUUGUACCACUGGACGCAGUCUUUCACGUCCCAAAAGGUACGUCUAGUCAUCAACGAGAAGGGGCUGGUGUGUGAUGAGAGGGAUGUGAGCUUGCCGCUACAGGAGCACAAGGAGCCCUGGUUCAUGAGGCUGAACCUGGGAGAGGAGGUCCCCGUCUUCCUCCACGGGGACACCAUCAUCAGUGACUACAACCAGAUUAUAGAUUACCUGGAGAAAAACUUUGUGGGAGACACAGUGGCUCAGCUGAUUCCUGAUGCAGACUCACCGCUCCACGAUCGUGUGCAGCAGUACCGUCAGCUGCUGGAUGGUCUGCCCAUGGACGCUUACACACACGGCUGCAUCCUCCACCCAGAGCUCACCACUGACUCUAUGAUCCCAAAGUACGCCACCGCAGAAAUACGUAGACACCUGGCCAAUGCUGCAACAGAGCUGAUGAGGUUGGACCAUGAGGAGCCACAGCUGACAGAACCGUACCUGUCCAAGCAGAAGAAGCUCAUGGCAAAAAUCUUAGACCACGAUAAUGUGAAUUACCUGAAGAAAGUUCUAGGGGAGUUAGCCAUGGUUUUAGAUCAAGUGGAGGCUGAACUGGAGAAAAGGAAACUAGAGUAUCAAGAUCAAAAGUGCGAGUUGUGGCUAUGUGGACCUGAAUUUACACUAGCUGAUAUCUGCCUCGGAGCCUUGUUGCACAGGCUCAAGUUCUUGGGACUUUCUAAGAAAUACUGGGAGGACGGCAGCCGACCCAACCUGCAGUCCUUUUACGUGCGUGUACACAAACGCUACGCUUUCCGCAAGGUCUUGGGUGACAUCCACACGACCCUCCUGUCUGCAGUCCUACCCAAUGCCUUUCGGAUGGUAAAAAAGAAGCCGCCAUCUUUCUUCGGGGCGUCUUUUCUCAUGGGCUCGCUGGGAGGGAUGGGCUACUUUGCUUACUGGUAUUUAAAAAAGAAAUACAUGUAGUGAAUGCCCUCUUGUUGUGUUAAAUGUCUGUGUAUUUGUGAGAUGAUUCAACUUUUCUGUAAUGUUUUAUGGCUGCAGGAAAACACAGUGAAUCUAUAUAGAGAACAGUAUAACUGGGUGAACAAAGAAAUAUUAAAACAUUCCAUUAUAUGAAAUUCUUGACAGCACAUUUUCUGGUAAUCAAGGUCUUCACUGAGUUUUAUUUCUGGAAACCUGCUUCUUUUGUAUAUCUUUAAACCUUUGUUGGAGGCAUGCAACAGGUCCACCUGCAGUAAACUGGAACCAGAAGUAAAAAUGUUAAACACAGUAACACCAACAGGGGUUAACUGACCUUUGCGUGCCACUAUUAUAGUAAUUUUCCAUACCUGCUUUUUACUUCUCCAUCUCCUUGAUGUUUAACCAGUAAAACUGCAGGAAAAUGUAUGUGACAGAUACUUUCUGAUAAGUCCUGUGCUGCCAGAAUUUACCAGAUGAAAUAGUGAAAAUUUGGAGGCAAACUAUAAAGUGGGUAAUUCACUUACUCACUUUCUUGUCAAAACUUGGUCUAUGUGCUAAAUAUGAAGCUACAGCUAGGAGGCUGUUAGCCUAGCUUAGCAAGACUGGGAACAUAUCUCAUUUGUUUAAUUUGUACCAAAAAUAAUUAUAGUCUAUGUGGUUUUAUGUGGAGGGGCAGCAUUUAGCACUGUUGUCUCCGGUUUGAGCCUCACAGCCGACCAGGGCCUAUCUGUGUAAAGUUUGCAUGUGCCUGUGGGGGUUCUCUAGCUUCCUCCCACAGUCCUAAGACAUGCAGCUUAGGUUGACUGGUGACUCUAAACAGCCCUUCAGUG